AUGUGGGGGGCUGUUCCUGUAGCCAUUGCUGCUGCAAUUGGAAACUUGUUACAAGGUUGGGACAAUGCAACCAUUGCAGGGGCUGUUCUUUAUAUUAAAAAGGAAUUUAAAUUGGAAACUCAACCAACAAUUGAAGGGUUGAUCGUAGCAAUGUCACUGAUCGGAGCCACAGUGAUCACAACAUUUUCAGGGCCAGUAUCAGACUCGCUUGGAAGGCGUCCCAUGCUGAUAAUCUCAUCAGUUCUAUAUUUUCUCAGUGGUUUGGUAAUGCUAUGGGCACCCAAUGUGUAUGUGCUUCUCUUGGCAAGGCUGCUAGAUGGUUUUGGGAUUGGACUAGCUGUUACUCUUGUGCCGGUCUACAUUUCCGAGACAGCCCCACCGGACAUCAGAGGACUACUAAACACUCUCCCCCAGUUUACUGGCUCCGGUGGGAUGUUCUUUUCCUACUGCAUGGUGUUUUCAAUGUCAUUGAAGGAAUCACCCAGUUGGAGAUUAAUGCUUGGAGUUCUUUCAAUCCCAUCGUUGGUUUAUUUCGCAUUGACUGUGCUUUAUCUGCCUGAGUCUCCAAGGUGGUUAGUUAGUAAAGGGAGAAUGGCCGAGGCUAAGCAGGUUUUACAAAAACUGCGUGGCAGGGAAGAUGUUCAAGGUGAGUUGGCUUUGCUGUUGGAGGGUCUUGGAGUUGGAGGGGAUACAUCAUUAGAAGAGUACAUAAUUGGUCCGGCCAAUGAUCCAGAUGGCCGUGAAGAAGCUCUAGAGAAGGAUCAAAUAAGGCUAUAUGGACCGGAGGACGGACGAGCCUCAUUAAUUGCGAGAUCAGUCACCGGACAAGCCAAUUUCGGCUUGGUGUCACGCCAAGGAAGCAUGCUGAAUCCAAAUGCGCCUUAUGUGGAUCCUCUUGUGAACCUAUUUGGUAGUGUUCAUGAGAAGCUUUUACCUGAGAACACAGCAAGUAUGCGCAGCCUCCUCAAUUUGCCUAAUAUGGGGAGCUUACUAAAUGUGGCACCACCAGCUGAGCACACCCAAGACAAAGCUGAUCAUUGGGAUUUGGAACAUGGAGAUGGUGUCGCAGCCGGGACUGAUUUUGAGGACAAUGCUAGAAAGCCAUUGCUUUCAGGUAGACAUACAGCUAGUAUGGCAAAUGACAUGCUUCCCGGAAAAUCUAUCAACUUGACCAGCUUCUUGGGUGGCAUGAAGAGGCGAAAUAGCCUCCUUAUGCCGGGAGCUGGUGGUGAAGCAGUUAGUAGGAUGGACAUUGGUGGUGGCUGGCAGUUGGCUUAUAAGUACUCGGAGCGAGUUGGCAAAGAUGGGAAGAAGACAGAAGAGUACCAAAGGGUGUAUUUGCACCAGGAGGGUGCACUAGAUCAGUCUCGCCAUGGCUCUAUGAUUGGUACAAUUCGCGGUGGCUCUAUGCUUUCAGUUGCUGGUGGUGGUGAUACUCCUCAGGAAGGUGAAUAUUUUCAGGCUUCUGCUCUUGUUAGCCAACCUUCUAUUAUUACAAAAAAUCAUAUGAGGGGGGAUGGACCUCCAAUACUUGAUCAAGAAAGUGCUGUCCAACGAUCCAGUUGGUCUGAUGUUUUGGAACCCGGAGUCAAGCGUGCAUUGUUUGUAGGCGUAUCAAUACAAAUUCUUCAGCAGUUCUCUGGCAUAAAUGGGGUUCUUUACUACACUCCUCAAAUUCUUGAGCAAGCUGGAGUUGCAGUUCUCUUAUCAAAUUUGGGCCUUAGUUCUACCUCGGCUUCUAUUCUCAUAAGUGGUCUCACAACCCUUUUGAUGCUCCCAUCUAUAGGCCUUGCCAUGAGGCUAAUGGAUGUCGCGGGCAGAAGGUCACUCUUGCUAGGCACAUUACCUAUAUUAACAGGAACGCUUCUAGUACUAAUUUUUGGCCAACUUGUCAACAUGGGCUCUGUUGUAAAUGCCACAAUUUCCACCAUAAGUGUGGUGCUCUACUUUUGCACCUUUGUCAUGGGUUUCGGACCAAUUCCCAACAUUCUUUGCUCAGAGAUCUUCCCAACUAGAGUUCGAGGAUUCUGCAUUGCGAUAUGUGCCCUCACGUUUUGGAUAGGAGACAUCAUUGUCACUUACACACUGCCUAUUUUGCUCACUUCUAUUGGUCUCGCUGGAGUCUUUGCCAUCUAUGCUGUUGUGUGCACCAUUUCUUGGGUGUUUGUUUUCUUAAAGGUUCCUGAAACAAAGGGAAUGCCCUUAGAAGUCAUAUCUGAGUUCUUUGCUGUUGGUGCAAAGCAGGCUGAGAUUGCAGAAAGAAUUAGUUCUUAA